AUGUUGCAGGCGAAGUUGUCAUUAUCCGGCAACUACUGGUCCGAUGAAUUUCCGCUGGAUGCUGUUGGGAAUGCGGGGCGUAUCAGUUGCAAGGAUGAGAAUGGCAAUGAGCAUAGUGUAGCACUGGAGAUAAGCAUGUGUCAAUCGGGUUUAACCAAAGUAAUCACAUUCCUCCCGUUCUAUAUGCUUCACAAUGAAAGUCAACAUGCUUUGGAAGUACGCGAAUUUGGCGGACAAAACUGGUUUGCCGUGGCACCACAAACGGUAAGCGAUAACGAAAAUCACUUUUUUUUUCCCCUCAUUAUCAGUGUUGAUAACGGACGGAUAGUUGGAAUUUGUGUCGGUGUUUCUUUUUUUGUUAUUGAUGGCAAUUGA